CGUCGUGGAACCGGGCGGGCGGGUGUGCGCGCCUCUGCACUGGACCGAGCCGAAGGGGACGCGGAGGUGCGCUUGACCCGGACCCAAAGCUGCCGGACCUCUGGUACCGGUGGCGUGCGCGCGCGCCCGUGCCUCUGUGGAGAACUGACAUGGAGGAGCGCGCGCGUUUCCAGAGGCGAAAACAAGCCAACCCGCGCAGGAAGAACGUGUGGGCUGAUGACAUCAUGAUAACGCGAGAGCGACAACAACGAACCGAAGAAGACCGACAGAUACUUGAUGCGUCCGUGCGUGAGUACCUUUGGCGCGGCGACACGGCCGUAAUCUACCCCGAAGACCCGGACGAGGGGGUGGCGCCGGACGCCGAGCGUGACUCCUCCCGCCGAAAAUGUGGCCAUCGGGGGGCGGAGAUCGACGCUAUUGGCCAAUGCCCUCAGCUGGAGAGUCACAGGAGCACGCAGAACCCAAUCAGCGAGCAGCUGCUGAAGGACGAGCCUGUGAACCGAAAGUUCAAAUGCAACGAGUGUGGGAAAGCCUUCAAGUACAAACAUCACCUGAAGGAGCACCUGCGCAUCCACAGUGGUGAAAAACCAUACGAGUGUUCCAACUGUAAAAAGCGCUUCUCCCACUCGGGCUCGUACAGUUCCCACAUCAGCAGCAGAAAAUGCGUUGGGCCGAUUGGUCUCCACGGACAUCCGCGACAGGUCGGGCCGUCCACCAACUGCUCCUCAUUGCCCUCCUCGGGCCCGGCCCUUGGCCCCUCCCUGGCCCCCGCCCUGGACCGGCUCCGCCACAAGCUGGAAAACGGCGAAGCACACCGGCAAAAUCACCUUGACGUCCAGUCUGAGACAACGGACUUCAGCCAGGAGUACAGGCUGAUGAUGGCCUCUGAGAGUAAGCUUGGGAGACCCGGCGGACCGAAGAGACCCGGGGUCUACCCAAACGGGUUGCGCUCACACACCCAGCAAGAGAAAUUGGGCGUGGACUUCCUUCUUCCGGGCACCCUUGAGAGCCUGAAUGAUGUUCAGAAGAUGUGCAGACAAAAGAUGGACAGGAACCCACAGGAGGUCUCCAAACUCAGAGCCUACAUGAAGGAUCUCCGGACCCGUGUGGAAGAGAAAAACCUCACCAGCAGCCCCACUCAGAGCUUCACGGACGACACCCUGGAAUUGGUCAACCAGACAAAGGGUGAGCCAGACCAAAACAAACAGGACAAGACAAGCCAGACAAACCGGUCCAAAGAGGAAUCCCGCUUGGUCUUGUACACCUGCCAGUUCUGCAAGGACACUUUCCCAGGACCAAUUCCGCUGCAUCAACACGAGCGCUACCUGUGCAAGAUGAACAAAGACAUCGAAGCAGUUCUACAGCCGGCCGGGCUCAGUCUGAGUCUGGAGUCCUCAGAAUGGCUCAUGUCCACUAAGGAGCCUUGCACUAGCUCCAGAACCCCUUUCAAGGAUCACUUGUCUGUCAUACAGGCUAAAUGGGCCAUGAACAUGGAACCCGACUCAGAGGAACUGAUCAAGAUUUCCCUGGCAGUAGGCCUUCCACAAGAGUUUGUCAGGGACUGGUUCACUCAACUGAAUCCCAGUCCUCCUGAGGCUGGUGGACCAGAACUGCACCAGAUCUUGAGACACUCACCAAUGUUCUCAAACAGUGAUGUUUUAACCAGACAGUUUACAACCGAGGAACCGGGGGAAAGGACACCGGACCCUUUGAACCAUAAUAGUCGGUCACCACUAAACUUGUCGUCCUCAUCCUCCAAACACUCCCAGAGUAGCUCCUACACGCCAAACAGUCUGGUCUGGGAGGACAUUCACACUGAUACGCCACUCGAUCUUUCUGUGCCAAAAUCCCUGGCACACGAAUUCACAGAGAAAACUAGACCCAACGGUCUCAAAAUGGAACCUGGCGGUGAUCAAGGUAUUCCAGGCCCGACAUCAGGAGCCAUAGACCUGCUCGACAUCAAGAAAGAGUUCCUGGAAUCUGAGGGCGGCAGAAACGCUUGCCAUCAGAUGGAAAAAAGUCCCAAGUUUGGGAUCAAUCCCUUUUCAGCAGGUCUGGUCUACUCGUCCGUGGCUACGCAUGGCACUUUCCCUCCGUCGACAUUAAUGUCUCCCACCCAGUACCCGGUCCUGGACUCUGUGAGCUUCAUGCCCCAAAUGGCGUACACCUACGCUACCGGGGAAGCUGCCUUUGUCGACAUGCUGCACACCAGGAAGAAACACUGGAAAACAACCUUCCAGAGGGUGCUGCUGGACGGUUCCUCAGACUACUUGUCAGGUGUGGACCAGCUGGCAGAAAGAGAGUUAAAACUGAAGACUGCGAGUGGUACGUACGCCUGCGACUUGUGCCACAAAACAUUCCAGAAGACCAGUUCCCUCCUAAGACACAAAUAUGAGCACACAGGCAAGCGUCCUCACCAGUGCGAGAUCUGCCACAAGGCCUUCAAGCACAAGCACCACCUGAUCGAGCACUCGCGUCUGCACUCAGGAGAAAAACCCUACCAGUGCGACAAAUGCGGAAAGCGCUUCUCGCACUCGGGCUCGUACUCGCAGCACAUGAACCAUCGCUAUUCGUACUGCAAGAGGGAGACCCAGGAGAGGCGGGCCCAGGUGGCCCACCGGGAGGCGCCGGACCCGGGCUCCGAAGCGCUCGUCGCUAGCUCUUGGCCGGAGGACCCCGUCGGACACCUCGGAUACUCGGACCCCUCGGACGUGGACCGCUUUCCCCAUCCCAUCCUGACUGCGGCGGAACAUUUCGGGGAGGAGGUCCUGACGGACAAAGACCAGCAUUCAGACCACUGAAGUUGACUGGACUGCUUUGUUCACAACGUUGGCACUGCUGAGGGAAGUCCCCUUUCGUCAGUGUUUCCCGAUUGGACCGAACCUCCAAUCAGCUCCCUGUGACUGCGCCUGGUCAACUGUUGGCAGGAAAUCUGUUGACAUCCCAGCUAAGCGAACUGAUGCUAAUCUAAGAUAAAAUAAGCAAAGUAAUUUCUAAUCUCAAAUAAUUUUGCUAAACAGCACACACUCAGGCUGAUGCUGUGAAGGCUAAAAGCCAAGCGGUGCUAAAGAUUCUUCAUUCUAAAAAAGUUCUUCAUUGCACUUAACGCCCCAAACCACUACAAAAAGGGGAAAAAAAAGAAUCUUGAUCACUUCCUGUCAGUGUUUUUGUUUGAAUUGACUUGAACUUUCAAUGGUUUGAUCCCUUUUGUUCCUGCAAACUAACGAAUGUGAAGGAACCAUUGUUUAGCAGCAAAAAACAACAAGAGGGUCACUUUGUACAUAAUCAAAUCAACAUUUUUUUUUAAACAAGCCUUACAUCAUCACUAUUUACACCAAUUCAAAUUGAUCUUCUUUUUAUUAUGAUUAUUAUUAUUGUUUCUUUCAUGUUUUUAAUGUAUCUGACUCAUUUCCUAACGCUAUUUAUUUCACACUAUUGUGUACGUACGCUGUCGGACUGCACUGAUUGUCUUUAGUUUCUUCUGACACUGGAAGAGAAAACGAGAGGUUCAAUUCAUCCAUUUCUGUAGCGCUUGUCCUUAUGAUGCUCUCGGGUGAGCUGGACCCUUGAACCCGACUCUAGCACUGUGAGGCAGCUGUGCUAACCACUUGGACUCCGUGCAGCCGUCCUGAAAUCCAAAUCAGUGUAAUAAAAAAGUUGACAAAAUGAAGAAUGUGGAACCUGUCGCCUUCUUCUCAUAAACAACUUUCUUCUUU